UACAAAUCAGCUUUUUUGAUAAGCAGAUGAAAUCAACCAAAAUUUUCAAAAAAUCUUGAAAAGUCCGUAAAAUAUGAUAUAGUUGUCUCAAAUCACCAUAUUCCGCCUGUUUUAGUAUCAUCCUCGUCAAAUUAUAUAGUAAUAAAUCAUGGAGCCUAUCCAAAGUACAGCUGGAGCUGUCCCAGUUCUAAAUGAAAAAGGGGAAGUAUCGAUGCAAAAAGUCAAAGUGCAUCGAUAUGUUUCCGGCAAACGACCCGAAUACGCUCCUGUGUCAAGCAGUGAGGAAGAAUCCGAAGAGGAAGAUUUCAUCGAAGUGCAUAAACAAAGACAACAAACACCGCCUCCUGAAGAAAUUAUUCUUCCUACUGAGAGAAUAUUAGCCACCGAAGAUCCUAGAUUACGACGUUUAAUAAAUAGAAAAGCACAGGAAGAGGAAGAAGAAGAAGAAGAGGAUGAGGAUGAAGCUGAUGUCGAAGAAAGGGCUCCUCGUUGGAGACACGCAAACGAAGCCGAAGCUGCUGAAAGUGAAAGCGAAGAAGAAAGAGAUCGUGAUAGGAUGGAUGUCAGUGGCGAUGAUGAUGAAGAUGAUGAGGAUUUGAGUGAUGAAGAAAUCGAAAGGCGACGUCUAAUGUUGAGGCAACGCGUUCUAAAUCAGAAACACGAACAGAACGAAGUAUUAGAAAAGGAAGAUGAAAGGUUCCUGUCUGGUGAAGAAAGUGGCGUAGAAACAUCGGAAUAUGAGGAAUAUUCUGAUUCUGAAGAAGAAUCGGAAGCAAGGUUGAAACCAGUGUUUACGCGUCAAAAAGACAGAUUGACUAUCAUUGAAAGAGAAAAGGAAGCUGCUCGUAAAAGACAAAUGGAAGUCGAAUCUAAAAAGAAAGUCGAGGAACGAAGAAGACAAACAUUGAAACUCGUAGAAGAAGAAAUUCGUAAAGAACAAGCGUCAGCUAAAACAGAAGAAGGAUGCAUUGAAGAUGUGAAUACCGAUGACGAAAAUGACGAAGUAGAAUACGAAGCUUGGAAGCUGAGAGAAAUGAAAAGAAAUAAACGCGAUAGGGACGAACGAGAGCAGAUGGAACGUGAAAAUAUGGAAAUUGAAAGAUUACGUAAUUUAACCGAAGAGGAAAGAAGACAAGAAUUACGUUUGAAUCCUAAACAAGUGGUUAAUAAAAGCGUUAAAGGAAAAUAUAAAUUCAUGCAGAAAUACUAUCAUCGUGGUGCUUUCUAUUUGGACAAAGAUGACACCAUUUUCAAAAGGAAUUUCGCUACUGCCACUCUCGAUGAUCACUUCGAUAAAACGAUUCUUCCCAAAGUCAUGCAGGUCAAGAACUUCGGUCGCAGCGGUAGAACCAAAUACACUCAUUUGGUUGAUCAAGACACUACGCAAUUCGACUCACCGUGGAUUUCAGAAACUUCUCAAAAUCUUAAAUUUCAUAAUAACCAGGCAGCUGGUGUUAAGCAAGUUUUCGCACGACCCAGCUUACGCAAGCACAAACAGAAAUAAAAUCUGUUAUAAGUGGUCACAUUUUCUUCUGUAUAUAUGAUUUUUAUGUUCGAUUAGUGUAAAUAUACGUUGUAUCGUUUAAAAA